AUGUUUUCAAAGUCGGUUUACGGCCUUUUCAUUCCGUUCUUGUUUUUGCUUUCAGCAUUGACGGUCAAAUCUGCUGUUUUGAAGACAAUGUCCGUUCCAGAGUUUGUGGCUAGGGAUACACCUGCGGCGAAUGUUAACCCAAAACAGGGAAAUGGCGGAGACGGUGCCUUGACGGUCAAGUCUGCUGUUUUAAAGGCAACGUCCGCUCAAACAUUUGUGGCUAGGCAUAAACCUGUGUACAGUAACCCCCCAGCAGAGGGAUAUGGCGGAAGCGGUGCUUACCAUCAUGGUCCAGAAAAGCUCUGA